AUGAUCCUGCGGGCGAUCGACAUACAGAAGGCGAUCAGCGUCGGCGCCAGCUCCUUCCUGAGGACGCAGUACUUAUACCUGUCACUGUUCGUGCUCGGCUUUUCGUUCGUCAUCUUCUUCCUCCUGGCCGCCGAGGACGGCGUGAAGAACAUCUUCCACGUCGCGUGGGACCGCCAGUCGGGAGACAAGCUGCCGAGCUUCUGGAACGGGCUCUUCUCGACCAUCGCGUUCCUCGCUGGGGCGGGGACGUCCAUUCUGUCCGGCUAUCUGGGCAUGAGGAUAGCCACCUUCGCGAACGCGCGCACCACGGCGGAGGCGAGGAAGGGCAUCGCCCCGGCGUUCAUGUGCGCCUUUCGCUCUGGAGCGGUGAUGGGAUUCCUGCUGCCGGGCAUGGGGCUUCUCAUGGCGUACCUGGCCAUCGUGCUGUUCAGAUUGUAUUACGGGAGCUCGUGGGACUACCUCUUUGAAGCCAUAGCGGGUUACGGUCUCGGAGGUUCCUCAGUUGCCCUCUUUGGCAGAGUGGGGGGAGGAAUAUAUACAAAAGCAGCUGAUGUCGGCGCUGAUCUGGCUGGAAAAGUUGAAGAGAGCAUUCCAGAAGAUGAUCCACGGAAUCCCGCAGUGAUUGCUGACAACGUUGGCGACAUCGCAGGGAUGGGGGCCGACCUCUUCGGAUCUUUCGCCGAGGCAACUUGUGCUGCCCUUGUCGUGUCAUCCUUUGCCACGUACGCCAGUCGCAUCGACUGUGAAGAUGAUUGCGAGCACAGCUGGCUGGCCAUGCUGUAUCCGUUGUUGAUAUCAGCCUUUGGCAUAUUCGUAUGCCUUAUCACCACAUUUGCAGCAACAGAUUUAUGGCCUGCAAGGAAAUCCAGCGAAAUCGAGGAUGUGCUGAAGAUGCAGCUCAUCAUAUCUUCAUUGCUCAUGACCCCGGUCAUUUACGGCGUCACUGCCAUGGCCCUGCCUGCCGAGUUCGAUCUGCCGCAUCCCGGAAGCGGCGGCAUGAAGACCAUUAGGAAUUGGUACAUGUUCAUAUGCGUUGCCGCGGGGUUGUGGAGUGGUUUGAUCAUUGGGAUUUCGACUGAGUACUACACGAGCAACAGGUACAGGGGAGUUCAGGACGUGGCGGACUCGUGUCGCACGGGAGCAGCAACAAAUGUGAUAUUUGGCCUUGCGCUUGGCUACAAAUCCGCGAUCGUUCCGUGCCUCAUGAUUGCUAUCUGCAUCUACGUGAGUUUCACGUUGGCUGGCAUGUUUGGCAUCGCCUGCGCUGCCCUCGGGAUGCUGUCGAUUCUUCCAUCAUGUCUCGGCAUCGAUGCAUACGGCCCUAUCUCCGACAAUGCGGGGGGAAUUGCCGAGAUGUCGGGCAUGAGCCCCGAGAUUCGUGAGCGCACGGAUGCUCUGGAUGCUGCUGGAAACACCACGGCCGCCAUCGGGAAGGGCUUCGCCAUUGGAUCGGCGGCGCUCGUGUCUCUGGCGUUGUUCGGAGCCUUCGUCACAAGGGCGGGGAUUGACGUGGCAGAUGCGUCCAUUCUGAAUGCCCGGGUGUUCAGCGGGCUCCUGGUGGGCGCCAUGUUGCCCUACUGGUUCAGCAGCCUCACCAUGAAGUCAGUCGGCAAAGCCGCCCUCGCCAUGGUCAGUGAAGUUCGGGAGCAGUUCCGGACGAAUGGCAUCAUGGAGGGCGAAGGGGAGCCCAACUAUUCCCGCUGCGUAGAGAUAUCCACCCACGCCUCUCUGACGGCAAUGAUCCCUCCCGGCGCUUUGGUCCUGCUCACGCCCAUCGCGGUUGGUGUCCUGUUUGGGACGCACAUGCUGGCUGGUGUCCUGGUGGGCGCGCUGGUGUCGGGCGUGCAGAUGGCGGUGUCCAUGUCCAACACGGGCGGGGCGUGGGACAACGCAAAGAAGUAUCUGGAGGCGGGAGCGUGCGAGCAUGCGAAAGACAUUGGAGGGAAGGGUUCUGAGGCCCACAAGGCCGCUGUCAUUGGUGACACGGUCGGAGAUCCCCUGAAGGACACCUCCGGUCCCUCGCUCAACAUCCUGGUGAAGCUCAUGGCGGUCGAGUCCCUUGUGUUUGCUCCCUUCUUUGCUUCGGAAGCGCUCAAGGGUGGCCUCAUAUUCCAAAUAUUCAGUUAG